AUGCUGUUUUCCCGGCGAGGAGGCCCAGGAACCCGACGUUUGCUGUUCUCGCUUUUGCUCCUCGCAGCCUGGAAGGCGGGGAGCGGCCAGGUCCACUACUCGGUCCCCGAGGAAGCCAAGCACGGCACCUUCGUGGGCCGCAUCGCGCAGGACCUGGGGCUGGAGCUGGCGGAGCUGGUGCCCCGCCUGUUCCGGGUGGCGUCCAAAGGCCGCGGGGACCUCCUGGAGGUAAAUCUGCAGAAUGGCAUUUUGUUUGUGAAUUCUCGGAUCGACCGCGAGGAGCUGUGCGGGCGGAGCCUGGAGUGCAGCAUCCACCUGGAGGUGGUGGUGGAGAGGCCGCUGCAGGUUUUCCACGUGGAGGUGGAGGUGAAGGACAUUAACGACAAUCCGCCCGUGUUUCCUGAAAAUAAGAAAAGAAUAAUCAUUGCAGAAUCUAGACCUCCGGAAACUCGGUUUCCACUAGAUGGCGCUUCCGAUGCAGAUGUUGGAGUAAACUCCGCUUUGACCUACCGAAUGGAUGCCAGCGAUUAUUUCGCUUUGGACACACAACAUAACCGUCAACAAACGUCUUCGUUAUCACUUGUGUUGAGGAAAUCAUUGGACAGAGAGGAAAUUCAGGAACAUAGGUUAUUAUUGACAGCCACUGAUGGAGGUAAACCCGAGCUGACCGGCACAGUUCAGCUGCUGAUCACAGUUCUGGAUGUGAAUGACAACGCCCCAGAAUUUGACAAAUUCAUUUACAAGGUGAAAGUUUUAGAGAACGCAUUUAAUGGAACAUUAGUGUUCAAGCUAAAUGCCACAGAUCCUGAUGAUGGGAUAAAUGGAGAUAUAAUCUACUCAUUUAGAAGGCCUGUGUCGCCUGCAGUAUUGAACGCAUUUAUCAUAAAUCCCAACAGUGGAGAAAUUAGGACCAAAGGUAAGCUGGAUUUUGAAGAAGAGAAAUUUUAUGAAAUAUCCGUUGAGGCAGUUGACCAGGGGAAUAUUCCCCUGGCGGGUCAUUGUACCAUUUUGGUGGAAAUACUAGACAUAAAUGAUAACGCUCCAGAAGUUGCUAUCACUUCUCUGUCACUCCCGGUGCCAGAGGAUGCUCAGGUGGGCACCGUCAUUGCCUUGGUCAGCGUGUCCGACCGUGACUCUGGCACUAACGGGCAGGUGACCUGCUUAUUAACACCGCAUGUCCCCUUUAAGCUGGUGUCCACAUUCAAGAAUUACUAUUCACUGGUUCUGGACAGCGCCCUGGACCGCGAGAAGGUGUCACACUACGAGUUGGUGGUGACAGCGCGGGACGGGGGCUCGCCUUCUCUGUCGUCCACAGCCAGCGUGUCCGUGGAGGUGGCCGACGUGAACGACAACGCGCCGGUGUUCGCGCAGCCCGAGUACACGGUGUUCGUGAAGGAGAACAACCCGCCCGGCCGCCACAUCUUCACGGUGUCGGCGCGGGACUCGGACGCGCAGGAGAACGCGCGGGUGUCCUACUCGCUGGUGGAGCGGCGGGUGGGCGAGCGCGCGCUGUCGAGCUACGUGUCGGUGCACGCGGGGAGCGGCCAGGUGUCCGCGCUGCAGCCUCUGGACCACGAGGAGCUGGAGCUGCUGCAGUUCCAGGUGAGCGCGCGCGACGCGGGCGAGCCUCCUCUGGGCAGCACCGUGACGCUGCGGGUGUUCGUGCUGGACGAGAACGACAACGCGCCCGCGCUGCUGCCGCCUGGGGCGGGCGGGGAGGGCCGCGCCCUGUCUGAACUGGUGUCGCGGUCUGUGGGCGCGGGCCACGUGGUGGCGAAGGUGCGAGCGGUGGACGGGGACUCGGGCUACAACGCGUGGCUGUCGUAUGAGCUGCUGCCGGCGGCGGGUGGUGCGCGCAGCCCGUUCCGCGUGGGGCUGUACACGGGCGAGAUCAGCACGACGCGCGCCCUGGACGAGGCGGACUCUCCGCGCCAGCGCCUGCUGGUGCUGGUGAAGGACCAUGGCGAGCCGGCGCUGGCGGUCACGGCCACUGUGCUGCUGUCGCUGGUGGACAGCGCCCAGGCGCCUAAAGCCUCGUCAGGAAUGUUGGCGGGGGUCGCGGGCCCAGAGGUGGCGCUGUUGGACGUGAACGUGUACCUGAUCAUCGCCAUCUGCGCGGUGUCCAGCCUGCUGGUGCUCACGCUGAUUCUAUACCUAGCUCUGCGGUGCUCGGCGCCCCCCACCGAGAGCGGGUGCGGGCGGGGGAAGCCCGUGCUGGUGUGCUCCAGCGCGGUGGGGAGCUGGUCUUACUCACAGCAGAGGCGGCAGAGGGCGGCUCUGGGGAGGGGCCGCCCAAGACGGACCUCAUGGCCUUCAGUCCCAGCCUACCUCCUUGUCUGA